CUUAUCUUCUUUUCACAUGGAUUUUGGCUGUUUUAGUCUUGGGAUGGACAAUGCCUUUGCAAUGAGCAGCUGUUCAGUAAGCAGUCACUCUUACUGUCCUGUGCUUUAUUUACAUGCAGAUCCCAUUCAAAUGACUCUCUUCCCUGUGAACUUUCUAUACACUCUACAUUCUAGUGCUUCACAGCUGUUAAUUCAUUUAUAGGGAUUUUGCAAAUAGCAAAAUGAGGGCAGAGAAGGAUUAAAGUUAAAAAUAUCCACUACUUUCAGAAUCUCAGUUUGAGAUGCUUCAGCCCUGUCUUCUCAAAGUAGAUGCUACUGUAGCACUUGCGUUCAAAAUACAGCACAUGCAGACUCCAAAGCUCUAGGAGACCUCAGCCUUCAUAUAAAUGGCAACCCACAAGGUAAGGAAAAUUCCAUCAACAACACACUGAGAAACCUGGCACUUGCCCAGCAUCACACAGAAGCCUCUGUGGUGUAGCCAGGUAUAAAACCUACUUCUUAGCACAAUGCCCACAAAACUACCCUUCCUCUUCCAGCAUCUUGCUGCUUCCUUCUUCCAUACCCCUGUGGGAAAUGAGGCAGAUAUCCUGAAUGCAGCACAAGUCUAUCUUAAAAUUUUACUUCCCCGCCCAGGGCAGGUCAAGUCUCUACAAUGAAGGGGCACUGAAGCCCUAAGGAAAGAAGAGUAGCUUGCUGUGGACUUAAAUAAUGGUUAGAAAGCAUAUGCAUACAGAGAUGAAACUAAGAUUGCACAUGACAAUUUUUAUUUGGGCUCAUCUAGCCUCCAAAUGUUUGAUGUCGCCAUAUUUUAUAACGUUCUUUGCAGGAAAGAAUUGGCUUAAAUUUUGCACAUGGGUUCAGUGAACACUUGGACCAUUUUAAGGGCAUAUCCAUACCUGUUGGGGCACACUGCAUUAACUCAAGAGGUCACACACUUAACAGACAAAGAGAAUUUGCAGACACAAAAGUCUUGAAAGGAAUCCACCUCCCUGCUCCAAGUCUGAUAGCAAAGCUGCAUUCUCAGUUCUAGCCAUGACUUCCCAGACCUUCCUCCCAGCUCAGGAUUUCAAUCUCCAGAGACUUUGGUGAAGGCCCCUCAGCCACAUACUGACCCCAGAAUACUACACCCCUGUUAGCACGGGCAGAGCUGGUCCCCUCCAUGCCUCAUCCUCAGCUUUUACCCUCUCACAGCACUGUUCUGGACCUCACAUCCAGAGCAACAGAGGUCUGGGCUCACCCUGACAGCUCUUCUGAGCGUGCCAUGGUUAGCAUUUCCUCCUCCUACCCCCCUGCAUGUCAUUUCUCACCAGUGCUGUCAGGUUGGGGCCGCACUGCUGGCCCUUGGGUUGGAAAGACACAGCAACUGGGCACACCACUGUCCAGUGAUGAGUACCGCCAGUUCUUCAGGUCCCUUCAGACCUCUCAACGCGCCAGCACCGCCUGCCACCUCCGCGCGCUGUACGGCUGCCAGAACCCCGUGGUCCGGAGACUGGAUGAGUAUGAAAACCAUGGAGUCAUCCCAGAAGGACCCAUAUGCUCUGAACUGCAAGAAACUUCCUUCUUCCCAAACUUCUGUGCAUUUGCUUUUUAUCGCUGCACUACAAAAAGGUAUUUCAUUAAGCGGACUGCAUGCCCGGGAGAGCACAAGCCCAACCUGGGCAGCACACAAACUUUCAACAACACAGCCCUGAGAAGCGAUGCAGCAUUGUCUGCUAUCUUCAGUCCCCAGCCCAUUUUUCCCACCUCUCCUGCAACCACCCAGCCAUCCAGCUCCAGCCCUAACACGGAAGGAGCUGACAUCUCCAGCUUCUCACCUGAUGACAUGCCACUGCUGGGGAACAUGCAGCCUUCCACCUCACAUCCCACAGAGGUGACAGUCAGCGGCCAGCAGCAGGGAAAGCUGCCUGCCACCGACAUUGAGGAUCUCUUCCUGAGGCUGCAGGACAGGCACGUCCAGAGCUUGCUGCACUCAAUGCGGCAGCUGCUGACCAUGGGAAAGGCAGUGAUGGAGGAAGAGCUGCAGGCUGUUGCCCUGAAGCUGCUGGUGGCCCUGAACAAUGCAAGCGUGUCUCAGGGGGCAAACAGCACCGACACAGAGCAUGGAAGAAAAAAGUGAUCAGCAAAAGGAAUGAGCCACUGCGGCUUAGAGGGGAUGUAUGGGAACACAGAAGUAGAAUCCUCCUUCCCAGGCCUGAGGCACCAUCAGGGUUGCAGCACUUCUCAGGCCAAGGGUGAGAACUAGGGAAAGAAGGCCUCUUCUGAGGGCAAGGGAAAACCCAGGCCCAGGAUUCAAAGGUAAAGAUGUUGUCUUCUCAAAAAUAAUUGUCUCAAAGAUUCAUUGUUUCUUUCUACACAAACUGUUCAUCCACUACUGCUUGGUCUGAACAUCUCUAUGGCCAAACAGGGCAAGAUGGAAAGAAGUAACACUUUUCCUAGGUGGGGUUGUACCACUGCCAUCACUAGCUCUCCUCUGCAGAGAGCAGGAGU